AAGGGGAUGGAUCUCUUGCCUAUUUAUACUUGUAUCCAGACAUUUUCUUGUCUUCACGCUGCCUCGUAUAGAACACACAUAAGGGCCUUCAAACUCAUGUUGUCUCUCCAACCCGAUAGCCAUGUCGCACCCGAUCAACCCUGCCGCCAUCGCUGAUGAAGUUGCAUCUAUGGAGCACAUCCGGGCACUAAUUUGUGUAGCGCAAUCAGCGCGGCGACGAUCUGGCUCAAGCAUUCGUGCUAAUCCAUGGUCAUUCAACCUGAACGAUGUCCUUCGCCAGUUGACCCUCGCCGACCGCCACGACCACGGAGUCGAAUUCGUUCCGGAUCGUGAUUGGAGCCAUGUGGCUCUUUACAAGAGCCGCCAAACCUCACUCCGGCCAGUGUGUACUAGUCUGCACGAACCUCCACCUGUGUACCACAAGCAGACCUACGAAUCCACCACCAGGGGAACUGUUCACAGAUUUCUAGUUGUCGUUCCAACCGACUCAGAGUAUUCCUCUUGCAGUGCGGCCGGUAGAUACUCAACGGACGAACAUCUUGCGCGCGAAGAUGCUACAGCGGCCUUGAUGAGAAAGGUGUUGGAGUUGCAUUCGAUGGUCGUUGAUGACUUCAACCACGAUUUGUUAGAGGAGGAGAAACUUGUCCACUACGAGACCUGCAACGCGCUUGAACGACUCCGUGCACGUUAUCGCGACAUGGCUUCAUCAUUCAGGAAGUAUCGCCGCCUGAAUCACCCUUAGUACAUGUCAUCAAGUUCCAAGUCUGUCUCGGAGUAGACGAUCCCUACGUCUUCGUAGGCCUCAACGACGUCUUUUUCACAACCAAUAUCAAGUUACCUUUAGAAAUAGGAGAACCUUAAGCCAUUAGGAACAAUGCUUUUUAUUU